CCAAGCCUGAAGGGAUGGUGAUGGUGUUGGGGAUGAAGAAGGAUAACAGGUCAGGUGCAUGCAAAAAUCUCUGUCUCAGGGACUAAGACUGAAAGAUGGUAUUUCACUUGCCUCCCCUCCCUUAGUUCUUGAAUCCUGACUGUGAGUGGGUAAGGAAGGCGGCUGACUGCUGCUCAGGAUGGGAUGCCAGGGAGUCUCUCUUGGGGGAGAAAAAACCUUUGGUUGGGCGUAGCAACAAGAAGAGGAAAAAAACAGGACCCCUUCAAAAGAGAUCUGAAUAGCUUCCUGUGGCUAUCAGGGAGCUGAGCAUCCAUUUAGACCAAGCCAGAGGCUGGACAGCUGUCAAUGCAGCAAUGUGCUGAGGACCUGAAAUUCUCAGGGGAGAUUUCUGACCCCCUGAGCCCACAUGGAAGAUUCUUCAGGUGCGUAGGAUUGAAGCUUUUCAGGAUAUGUCCUGUGCGCAGAAUGAAGUCCAGUGCUUCUUUAAUAUGGACCCAGCUGCAGCUGGGUGAGCUAUGUUUGGCAGGGAGCAUGAGGCACAGCUUCUUUUGCUGAAAAGGAAGACCAAGGGAGAGGGAGACCACACUGCAGAGGACCCUGCACCAGCCGGGCUGCAUGAACGACACAAAGGCUGAAUGCUGGGCAGGCUUUUUUGAUCUCUUCUCCACGUUUUCAUGAGCCACUUUGGAGUCUACGUGCAUACCCUUCCAGCAGGUAUUAGAAUCCCUGUGAACCUCAUCUCACCACCAGACAUUCAGGAAAGUUUAGCUUAAAGGCCUAAAUAUGACCGUUGCUACUGGAGACCCCACAGAUGAAGCAGCAGCUUUGCCUGGUCACCCUCAGGACACCUAUAACCCAGAAACUGACCAUGAAUGUUGUGAGAGGGUGGUCAUUAACAUCUCGGGACUUCGGUUUGAAACACAGCUCAAGACACUUGCUCAAUUUCCAGACACCUUGUUAGGAGACCCUAAAAAGAGAAUGAGAUAUUUUGAUCCUCUCCGGAAUGAAUAUUUUUUUGACCGUAACAGACCCAGUUUUGAUGCUAUUUUGUACUACUAUCAGUCUGGUGGCAGGUUAAGGCGGCCUGUCAAUGUGCCCUUGGACAUCUUCUCAGAAGAGAUAAGAUUUUAUGAACUUGGAGAAGAAGCUAUGGAGAUGUUCCGGGAGGAUGAAGGUUAUAUCAAGGAAGAAGAACGGCCUUUACCAGAGAAUGAGUUUCAGAGACAAGUGUGGCUUCUCUUUGAGUAUCCAGAGAGCUCGGGCCCUGCCAGGAUUAUAGCAAUUGUCUCUGUUAUGGUCAUUUUAAUCUCAAUUGUAAGCUUCUGCCUGGAAACUUUGCCUGUGUUCCGGGAUGACAGCGAAGACAUGCAUAGCAGCAGUAGCAGUUCGAGCCUUUACUCCAAUAGCACAAUGGGGUCUCAGCAGCCAACCUCUUUCACAGACCCCUUCUUUAUAGUUGAGACACUCUGCAUCAUUUGGUUCUCCUUUGAAUUCUUGGUGAGAUUCUUUGCUUGCCCCAGCAAAGCUGGUUUUUUUACCAACAUUAUGAACAUUAUUGACAUUGUUGCCAUCAUUCCUUAUUUCAUUACACUUGGAACAGAACUGGCGGAUAAACCAGAAGAUGGUCAACAAGGCCAGCAGGCAAUGUCUCUUGCCAUCCUUCGAGUGAUCCGUCUGGUGAGGGUGUUCAGGAUCUUCAAACUCUCCAGACACUCCAAGGGAUUGCAGAUUCUGGGGCAAACCCUAAAGGCCAGCAUGAGGGAGCUAGGCCUCUUGAUAUUCUUCCUUUUCAUUGGUGUCAUCCUGUUCUCCAGUGCUGUCUACUUUGCAGAAGCUGAUGAGAGUGAAUCUCAAUUCCCCAGCAUCCCUGAUGCUUUUUGGUGGGCCGUGGUUUCCAUGACAACAGUUGGCUAUGGAGACAUGGUCCCCACAACCAUAGGUGGAAAAAUAGUUGGUUCCUUGUGCGCCAUUGCAGGUGUAUUAACAAUUGCCUUACCAGUGCCGGUUAUAGUGUCCAAUUUCAACUACUUCUAUCACCGUGAGACAGAGGGAGAGGAGCAAGCUCAGUACUUGCAAGUCACCAGCUGCCCAAAGAUCCCUUCUUCCCCUGACCUAAAGAAAAGCAGAAGUGCCUCCACUAUUAGUAAGUCUGAUUAUAUGGAGAUACAAGAAGGUGUGAAUAAUAGCAAUGAGGACUUUAGAGAGGAGAACUUGAAAACAGCCAAUUGCACCCUAGCUAACACAAACUAUGUUAAUAUAACAAAAAUGCUAACUGAUGUCUAGCUUAUGAGGGAGAGAAAAAAAGGAGAACCCUAAUAUCAUAUAUAAAAGAAGUGGAACAAUUGCAGAUGUUGCAUAAUACCUUGUAUUGUAGUUAAUACAAUAUGUUCUACAACAUGUACUGGUUAUGCAUGGGAAGCAAUAGUUGUGUAAGUGACUCUUUUUAACAUUUGAUGCUCAAAAAGCUUUCAUGCAACUUUUUCUUUUCCAACACAGAUUUUUGAGUAUAUGGAGCAUUUACAGGAAAUUUAAUUCACAAUAUCAAAUGAAAGGCACUGGAGAAAAACAAAAGCAGCAAUCUCCCCAUGUAAACCACAGUAACUAACAAAUGACAACAAGAUAUGUAUCAUGUAAUACAGAACUCACUCCAUGCAAAAUUAUAUCCCAAGGAAAUAGUAUGCAACUAUACUUCUAGCUUUCAAGCUUCAGGAAUUAUACAAAAGGUCAUGCAUAGUUUAAUUAAUGGAACAUCCAUCCAAAUUACUUUAAGGUUCAGAUUUCCAGAUCAGAAAUGCCAAAGGGAGACUAUACUGUGCAGGGUCAUGCUUCUGAACCAAAAAUGCUGCAUUGGAUUCAUCCACUGCAGCAUGUCAGUGUAAGGCUCGCGGGAGGCACUGUUUAGUAGGACAUUUUCUGUUGCUUUGGUAGAGAUACAUCAAGAGCCCGGAGACAUUUUUUAAAAAAUAAUAACACAUGCAUUUUUGCUGGUUUGGGGGUCACUGACAUAUACAGAACUGAAAAGCAUCUUGUUUCAAAUGCUGGAGAAACUAAGCUGUGGCCUAGAAUAUAUUUAUACUGCAGUGAAAUUUAACCAGUAUUACAGUACAGCUGCAUGGAUAUUUGUUGCAUGGAACUUAAUAUUUAAUACAAAUAUACAUAUAUAUAUAUAUAUAUAUAUUUUCUUAAGUAGAUCAUAGAGUGUACCUGUUUAUAGUAUUUCUAGAUUCUCCAGUGGCUUGAGGGAGGUUAAUGAAUGUGUAAGAGGGAGGGGAAAGGAAUAGGUUGGGGAAAGAUGUAUGCUGAACACAAAUUUGAUAAGCAAGGCAAGUGUUUGCUUGCAUGAAUGUACACACUGAGGACAGUGAUAUGAAGAGUGCCCACCUGUCUUCUGCAUGUAGAAAGUGACUGGUAUUUCAUUAAUGGUGGUAUCUUUAUCAGAGAUAUAUAGCUGACCUGUGAUGGUGAAAUAUCCAGGCAUACUUUUGAUGAAAACAUCUCUGAAUGACAAUGCCAAGCAAAUGUUAUGCAAACAUUUGAUGUACAAAUAUUUAAACUCAGACCCUACAGAGGUUACUCAUGCUACUUAAUGUAGACCAAUUGGAAUUCACAGCUAAGAUGUGAAGUUACAGAAUGCCAAUGAGUUUCUCUGAACAAUAUUGACCUGGACCAUAUCUGGCUUCAAAUAUUUAAUGCAGCUUCUGGCAGUGCAUGGUUUUAUGCAGUAAUGCCAGCCCACAGCCUUUUAUUCGGGUAUGGGCAAAUAUGUCCUUUGAAAAUGGGUCUUACUGCUAUGUCAGCUGGCUACAACAACUAAAGAGCUGACUAUAUGUGAAUACGUAUGUGCAAUGCAUGGCUUAGGAGUUUAGGUUUCUGUUGGUAUGUUGUCAUGUGGUGAACUCAAUGUUCUUCAGCUUAGAUUAUCGACUAUUUCCUUCUAGACCAGAGGUGAACAAACAAUCACCUUUCAGAUUUUGAUGGGUUGUAGCUUCAGUCAUCCUUCACUGGGCAUGGUUGUCCAACUAAAUCCAGAAGAUCACAUGUUGCCUGCAGCCUAGAGUUGUAUGCGGUAGUGGAAUUUGUUUUGAAGCAAGUAGUAGUUUUCCCCCCCAAGCAAUAGUUGAGGGACUUCACCAAUUGUCCACCUGGGUAGACACCCUUUUGCUGCAGCAGUUUCAACUCUCUAGGGGUUGGAUAGGCCAAUUCUGCUACCAACACCACAGUAAAACUACAUUUGAAAUCAAGGGGAGAAACUCUGUGAUCAAAAUCUCAUUUUUCUCAUCAGUUUCACAUGUGUAGCAUUUUCAGAAGGCCAGAGGGCCUUCUGUUGUGGGGAAGAUAGGCAGGGAAGUCUCCUCUGCCAGCUUAUUUGCAUGUGACUAAAUUUGGAUCCAACUCAUUGCCUAUGUAUAUUUUAAAUUAUCUAGAUACACACAAACUGUAGAAUAAUAAGCUUUUGAAGCUGUCUCAAGACCACUGGAAACGGAGCACAGCUGAAAUUCACCAUGAGACAAAGUCAGCUGGAUCCUGCAAGUAUCCAUUUGGGCAGCUUGCUUACCAGUACUGAUUUUAUCUCAACAUGAAAGAAUGCAGUGAGGGCCAACAAUUCACCAGGUCAAAGUAGAGUGUGAGCUUGGCACAUGGUGAAGCACAGCUGCAUAGUUGGCUUCACCAUAAAGCCAACUUACUAGCAGCUAGGUCUAUCCCCAUUUCUUUAUUGAACCACAUUCAGCUCACUUUCAGCAAGUCUGCAGGGCAAGGUAAGAGUGUGGAGGGAUAUAGAUAGAGCUUCAAGGUGGCUACAUGGUAAGUGAACGCUAGACUACUUGACCAUUUGAUGAAUGCUACACAAAUCCACUCAACUUGCACACUUAGCAAACCAUCUUGGUUGUGUAUGCUGCACCCAAUUGAAUUCUGUGUUUGCACCAAGAGGGAAAUGAAUAUCAUAACCGCAGUGUAAGAAGACUCUAAGGCAUGUGUCAAACUAGUUCUUUGUCCAGCUGAUUUGUCCACUCUUAUGAUUGGAACAUGGAGCAUAUAAUGUCAAAUUUUCACUUACAAGCCUAAUGUCAAAUUGUCAUACUUACAUUUUGGACAACUCCCAAUUUUUUUAACCUCUUCUCUUCUGGUCACCCUCUCUGCCAUGGAGAGGCCUAAUUUAAAAUUUUUAAUUGGUACAGUUAUGUGUAAUAUAAAGAUUCAGAAAACAUCAAACAAUACUGGCAUGUAUUAAAGAAAAAGCAAGCAAGCUGUGAUGGCCUGUUUAACAGUGUAUGAUCUGAGAAGGCUUUAGGCCCCAUAAAACCCUAUUAGUAGUACUGGAGCUUGCAUUGCAGGCUUUAGGCCCACCAACAUCAUAGUGCCUUGGACCAUUCUUGUAGAAUGCUGACAAAGGAAUAACUUGGCAUUAGAUCUCUAAUUACUUUCUCUUCAAGUAUGCUACAAAUUUAAAAGGCUAAUUUUGGCAUAUCUUUCAUUGCAGUGAGCAGGGAUGGAAUAAUCCUUCCUAUUGCCUUAAGCUAUGGCUAAAAAUAUUCUGUCCUCUCCACCCCUCCAUCUAUGUAAAGGAAGAAAUACACUUAUUUAAAGAUUUAGGCAGGACAGGCUGCCUGUCUUGUAGAUUAGGGCAAAUCAGUCUAUGCAAAAAUCACUGGGGAGGGGGGGAAUGAUACGUUUCUUCAGGGACUUUCCCCAGAUUCAGUCCUGAUGUAAUUAUAGAGCAGAAUCCACAGGACCUCCAGAGAGUAAGGGGAUCAGAGUUAAACCAACUGGUUUUCAGUAGUGACAGAGGAUAGUUAUGCCACCCCCAGGUUCAUUAUAGAAUUAUGAGAAUGAAACCAAACACUGGAGAGAGAGGUAUUAACUGCUCAUGCUUACCAUUACAUUUGGCUCUGUCCUGCCAUCACUCGUACCCUAUUUCAUUGAAUAUCACUUGCUUUUCCACUACUGCUAUUACAUUAUUCCAGUCCACACAUAUUUUCUUGGCUCUCCUCUUCUUUCUCUUAGAAUGGUAAAGUUUGGACUUUUAACCCCCCCUCCUGCAUAUUGAUACUUAUUUAUCUAUUUAGAAGUUGAACUUUGGCUAUAGCAUGAGAUAACAUGACUCAUUAGAAAAGAUGAUGCUUGGUAAAGUGAGAAGCAGUGGGUGGGUAGGGAGAAAGAGUGUAGUACAGGUGGAUGGACUCAAUCAAGAAAUCUACAGCCCUGAGUAUGCAGGACCUGAGCAGGGCUAUUGAUGUUUGGGUACCCCUCAUUCUGAGAGUUGCCACAAGUCAAAGAUGACUUGAUUGCAAUUAACAGCAAAAACAACUCUUCAUCCAUCAAUGGAGGUACAGUUUACCCAAAAGGCAGGCCUUUGGAUGAGAGUUAUCUUGCAUAGUCCACAAUCUGACAAUAAUGAGUUUUGCCUUAAAGCAAGUUAGCAAUAUUCAGGUGCCGAAGUAUAACUGUAUGCAUUCAGGAUGAAUUUUUGCUUUAAAUGAGAGGAUAAUAUCUAAGAAGGAAGGGAAGCCUGAAGAGGGGGGGGGGACUGGAUGUGGCGAACUAAAUUAAAAAAGAAAAGAAAAGGUUGGCAGGUAGUGGACUGCAAAAUGAGUUAAUUUUUUAUCCCACUUUGCUCCUGACAUGGAACUGAACAUGGCUAUACAGCUAAGCAGUUCAUGGGGGUUGGAUACAUACUUAUAACUGUUGGUCUACUGCCCAUUCCAUCACAUUGAUGGUGGCUGGCAAUGGCCUGAAGCUGGUUAAAAUGUCCCUGACCUUAUAUAACCCUAAUCUGGACUCUAACUCCUGGAUAGUUUUUCUGUUCUUAGGUGGCCCAGUUGAAGAGUUCCAGUCCAGUGACUUUACAAAGGACAUUGUUGUUGGUUAAAGUUUUGGGAAUAUCUUCACCCUCUGGAGGGGUUAAAAUGACAAGAAAGGAUUCCUGAUAGUCUCAUAGAUGGUAAGGCUAGGCAGCUGGACAUGGAGCCUCCCUGUUUUCUCUGAUAUAGCCUAUUCAAUUGAUUAUCAGGAAUGCCCAGCAACUGACUUAGAUGAAAUCUAUGUUUUGUGGGCCUUAACUAUACUUUCAUGUUGCAAACAAACACACAACAACAAAAACUGGCAACCUCACAAUUAUGAAACCUAAAUAUAAAUUCAGGCUUUGAGUAUCAAUUAUUGCUUAAUUUUGGAUGCUGGAAUUUUGAUAACAGUAUAUCAGUAUAGGAAUUGUGCCACAAAAACAGCACAAACCUCUGACCAUUUCCACUGAGGUAUGUUUAGUGUUUGUAGAGUGUUUAGGACUCCAGAGGGUGAGAGGAAGUCAAGAAUAAGCAGGAGAUACUAAAAAAAGGUGCACUUUUCUCUUGCAUCCAAGGUCAAAUGGGCACAUUUAAUUGUACAUUAAAUUUAAUGUGCCAUUGUUUUGACUAUCAUAUUGCAGCCCAGACGCUGUGUUGGUAACCUGAACCAUUAUCACAGCAGCUGGAAGCCAGAAGCACCCGAACUGAUGAAUCUGGCCUCACCCAACCACAGGGCUAGAGCUCUCUUAACUAGCUAUACCUUUGCAGAGCAUUGUGGUGCAGAGCUGAAGCUGCAGCCCACAGCAGGUGGGAAGGAGCAGAUGGUAAGACAGGAGCAUUAUGAUGAAUGCUGAAAUAAGGAUGGCAGGAUCUGCAGGUUUAAGGCAGGGCUUCCUUACACCUAUAUGUUGUGAAAUUUGCCUGUGUAGUGUUUACACUGCAAUCCAUGAGUGUUUUAGCAGGUAUUGUUUGAUGUCACUGUGGAGAAUUUAUUCAUGGGUCAAGGACACAGUCCUAGUGAAUAGCCUCAAUAAGCAUAAAAGCAGUACCCUGUGAGCCUAGUCUUGGAUAAAUAAGCACCUCAAAAGCCUUUGGAAGUCUCUUGUGUCACACUGACUGGAUCCUUCAGAAAAAUGUGGGGAGAGCAUCUUCAGCUAUUGGGGAGACUACUGAGCAUCUUCCCAAGUGCAAUAAGUAGGAUGAACACUGGGCAAAAUAGAGGAUGACACCAGCUCAGAAAGUAGGCAGAAAUUAUAAACGUGCAAACUGGAUGUGCUAUAAUAACACCCCAAUUUCUGCUAGAGCCAACAGAUUGAUUAUCUCUAUUAUUUGGAGAAGUGGCCUUGUGUAUAUUAUUCCAACGUCUGCAAUCACAACUCAGGGAGGAAUAAGUGGUUAAGAUGAGAGGAUUUUAAAUGGGAUAGGAAAAGGAAGGAGGUAAAAAAAAAGUUGGCAGUCAAAUGAGGUACAAUUUAGUUAUUAUAUUGUAAUCCAGGAGAUCUGUGACCUACGGCCCAUUCACACUAUACAGUUCUAGCACUAUGGUUCUACUUUAACUCCCAUGGCUGCACCCUGUGACAUCCUGGGAUCACUAGUUUAAGGAAAGGUAUUUAGAAUUCUCACCCAGAUAGCUAUAACCUCACCAAACUACAAAUUCGUGGAUUCCUUAGCAGCCAUGGCAAGUGAAGUGAAAUCAUAGCAUUAUGACUGUGUAGUGUGAAAGGGCCUGUUAUCUUGGAUCAAUUGCAAGAAAAUGUGCAUUUCCUCAUAACAACUAAUUCCUUUGUGCCUGUAAAAUGCCUUUCCUGUUCCUAGUCCUGUAUAUUUGAUGAUUGUACUCAGGGCAUUCUGCAUGUGCUCACUGGCAUUUUUCUUUAGUUUCCAUUUUUCACAUUUUCCAUAGCUGAGCUUUUACCUUCAGAGAACAUUCCUGGACAAUGCUUUGCUGAACCCUGGCCCAAACAUCAUAUGAGUGUACUUUUUGUUUAAAAAAAAAUUAAAAUUAAUCACACUUCCUGGUGAAUCCUUAUCAUCUUGUUUUUGUCCCACACUGAGUACAUGUUGAUGUCACAAAUAAUUUCACUCUUCUUUUAAGCUUUGGUUACACUUGCAGCAGGAGGAAAGGAGAAUAAGGGAGACCUCAACAAAAUGUGGCAGUCUGGAGUGUUUCUGUUCAUUGUUCCAGUCAGUCAUUUGUGCCCUCAUUCAUCAUACUCCAUUUCACUCCCUUCCCACUCAGUUAGCAUACUGAGCCCACACUGGACUAUUUUAUGGAGUUUCUUCCCUUUACAUUCCCCCACCCUUCACUUUGGUACUUCCACACACUUUGGUAGUCUCUUGAAAUUAUCUUCUACUUCAGUGGGGUGGUUUUAUUUGAAUCACCAAUGGUACUCUGCUCACAUUGAGAAUGCUAGUGAAGAGAACACUGAAGUUCUGGAAUGUUUGUACUGUUUCAAACUACAGGUUAAAGAUUACAUUUGUGAUAUGACAAUCACAUUGCACUAGAACAGAGCCUGGGAUGAUGUGCUUCAGCUCUCUGAGGUGCUGGUUUGUUUUGAAUUUUUUUUUAAAAAAUGCAUGAAGUUGAUGUUUUUAUAAAAAUGGAAGGGGGGAGUAUUAACAACGGCAUCCCCUUUGUCACCUGAUAUGGCCCAUUUCACUGCCUCAUUGUAGUGCAUGCAUUGAUCAGGCCCAGUUGAUCAGUUCCUAAUUUACUGAUGCAAAAUAAUGCCUACAAUUGACAAGCAAGCCAAAAACUUGUCCUUCGUAGGCCAAUAAAUAGGAUAGACAAGAUGUUCAGUGCUCCAUUAACAUUAGCAAGGAUGGUGAAAGGAUUUCUCCAUACAGCGUUACUCUUGGGUAGUAGAUAAUCAUCACAUUUACUCUACAACAAUUAAAGUAUGGUGUGAAUUAUAAUAUGAAAACUCAGAAAAGACCAGUGGUGGCUGCUGGUCUCCAUGUUAGUGUGGUGAUGAAUCUGUGCCAUGGUUUAAUCGGAACUAGAAAGGAGGCAUCCAAAGUGCUGAACUCCAUGGGUAAGCUCCUUACAGUUCAGGCUGAACCUCAAAGUGGAUCCAUUGUCCUACUGAUAUGGGAAGCACUUAUCACCAGUGGAAAAGGCCUUACAAAUAGAGUCAUAUUUGAUUGAUAGGGAUGUCUUUGUCUUUAUAUUUGGAUCAGAAGAUGAACAAUGUAAGUUAGGUGAAAAACUUUUCAUUGGAGUUUCUUCGGUGUCAUCCCAAAUAGGGACACAGAAGUGCUCUGGGCUGAAAUUCUGGUCAUACCUAUUGACAACAGGGUGGUUCUGUAAAAGGGGAUGUAUAGCCAGUUAACUAAUUUGCUCCACAAAUUAUAUCACAAUAUUUAUCCUGUGAGACAACAAAAUUUUCUUAUUUUCAAUGUUCAGUUUGAAUCAUGUUGAUUUUAGAUAACGGAUACAUCUAUAUUUUCCAGAUGGAACAGAAAAGUGAACUAUGGUGGGGUACAGACUGUCCGAAAGAGGUGGCUGGUGGCCGCCUCUCUUUUCCGCGUAACCACCUUGCAGCAACCAAAUUGCGUGGCGCGGCUACACGGAAACAAAAGGACAGCUAAAAAGCGGCUCCUUUUAGUACUGCCACAAACUGCGGAGGCGUGAGGAUAUCGCUGCCAUGCGCGCCCAUCUGGAAGGCGCGUGGCAGUGACGUCACAGAUGUGAGUGCCAUGUAUACAGUGCCGCACAGCUGUGACAUCCUGGUGACAUCCUAAGGUUGUGGGGCAUCUGGAAACGGUGCCCCGAGGCAACCCUAGCACGUCGCCAGGAUGUGCUAAAGGGCCCGUGUGUACAAGGCCUAUAAUAUACCAUUACAGUUAGGGACUUUCAAGACUGCCUGUCCCUAAUGUGGCAAAUAUGCUGUAUUUUGUCCCCCAAAAGUGAACUUAAUGUUAAAAUACUGUAUUUUUCAAGAAUUGGAUUUGCUAUAGUAUAUGCUUGGGAAAAAGCAAUUCUCCAAUCAGACAAUAGAUCUGUUGCUGCUUGGUAUUUGAAAUACAGGUAUAUAAGUAUAAUAGGUAUCACUUGUAAAAUAAAUAGCAGUGAAUUAUACAAUAGUCACCAAAAUUUUGAACAGAGUAAAGAAUGCUUUCUUAGGGAAAGAAGAUGAUGACCUAAUCAACUUCCAUGACAUCAUCACAGCUGUUAGAAUAAUGUAUAUAGGUGUACAUAUCUCUGCAGCUACCUUUUGCAUUGUUUUCUAUAAACUUCAUUACACUGUGCUAUACCUAGAAUGGUAUUAGGAGCAUGCAGCAUGAGGGUGUGUAAAUAUGAACAUUUUGUCUAUAAACCCAGAGAAGAAAGGUGAAGGAACUAUUUCAAGGAAGGUCAUGCUUUGAGGAGAUUAUUCAUAGCUCAGCUACUGAAUUAACUGCUGAAAUCUCCUUCUCUCUCUGGAGUUUGCAAUAUACUAGAGGAGGGUCCAAAUCUCCCCACAGAUCCAGUCAUUUCUGCAAGGUUAAGCUGUCUGAAAUGUGACUCUUCCCCCAAUCCAUUCUCCAGUACAGAAGAAAUGUACUGUUCUCCUUUUUCUCAAAUAGGUGAAACAAAAUCCCCCUCGGGGCAUGUGUGAACACUGAUCUGGAUCUGAAGUCUGCAGUUUUGGUCCCAUCCCCUAUUAUUUAUGUUACUAUGCAGGUGAAGCCAAAUCAUGAGCUAAGGCAUUUGUUUGUUUGCAGUACACCUUUCAAAUUUAAACAGCUUGUCAUUUUUCUACCUCAUGUACCAAGGGAAGCACCCUGGGUUUGCUUCCAUUCCACUUGUGGGACUUACUGUUAAGAAAAUGAUCUCCAUUUAGGAUGUAGGUCAGACUUCCCCAAAAUUCAUUGAAUGCUAUGCAACAAAGCAAGGGUGGGGAUUGUGUGACCCUCCAAUUGGUGUUGAACUGUAAUUCCCAUUGUCCCUCACCCCAGGGCUGAUGGAAGUUGCAGUCCCAUCACAUCAGGGUGGACCACACAUUUACCAGCCAUUUCACAGAGCUUAACAUAAAAAAAGAAAAUGAGUGGAGCCACAAACAAAGGUGCAUCUAUUACAAGACCAGGGAACUUUUUCAGAGUAGCAACACAGUGACUAUGAGCACCAUGGUAGAUUUUUUUUCAUUGCACACUCGGGGGGGGGGGAAAAGGGGGGGGGGGGGAGGACGUUUUUAGCACUCUAGAAAGAUGGGAAAUCCAAGCAGCCAGCCUGUAGGGUGAUGUUUGGUACUCCCCAAGGGACAAGGCCACUUUCCUAUUCAACAUACUUCCUCCUAUUUCUCCCUCCAGUUUUCAGAGCAUGUUGCUGCCUCUUCUGCAGAAUGAUGUUUACCAAAUAUAUUGUGGCAUAAGUGUUCUUGGGCUAGAGCCCACUUUGUCAUAUGCAUCGACCAAAGCAGGCAGCAGCCCAAAGAAAGCAUAUGCCACAAUGAAUCUGUUAGUCUUAAGGUGUCACAAAAUCCCCCUCUUCCCCUACACCAGCCUCCCAUGCCUCUAGUCUUUUAUACAAUACUCUAUUACUCAUAGCACUUGGGAAAGUUACUUUUUUGGACUCUAAUCCCAGAAGCCCCCAGCCAGCACAGCCAUUCAGGAGUCGUAUGGGAGGGAAGGUAAUAUUCCCAAACUCUGAUUUACUUGUUGCCUGGAACCCCAGGAUGAGGACUUCUUUCAAGCACAAACCCCCAAAGAGCCUUUCAUGGCUGAUUAAUCUCACUCAGGAUUCUCAAGCAGUUUUGGCAAAGCACAUGUCCUUUGAGUCCUCAUUGCUUUCCACCCGUAACUGUGGGAUUUCAUUCUCCCACUCCCACUGGCAACACACUGCAGGCUUUUCUGUCUGUUUGGACAGAAUGAUCUUGGGUCCUUUCCAGUUCCUGCUCCCCUUAUCCUGUCAGUAAAGCUUGUACUACAGCUAACUAAAAUCUUUCUACAUGGCACACCUGCCAUCAAUUUGUAUGCUCCAGCUGGAAAGAUAAACUGGGUGGCAGAGGGCAUCUGAUGCCUCUCAGCCUAUUUCAUUGUCAUACCUGCUGCCUACUCUUUAUUCCUUUAAGUUUAAGAACUGCUCCCUCUUAUUGUUUACACCUGAAAGUGCUCCUAUUCUAGUGAAGUAAGAGAGCUGGCAUGGUGUAAUGGUUUCAAUAUUGGGCUACAAACUCUGGAGACCAGGGUUUGCAU